UCCUCCGCCCGGCGGCGGGCGGGAAGCCACGCGGAGGACCCGGAUGGAGCCCCGGAGCGGCCGGCUGGAGGUCGCUGCGGACUCUUGCGUCUGCCCGCGCCGCGCAGGUUCCUGCUGAUGGGCCGGAGCCGAGCAGCCGGCGCCCAGGGGCUGUACCCCAGCCUGAGCGGAGAGCGGCCUGCAGCCGGAGAGCGGCGCCCGAAGGAGGCCUGAGCAUCCCUUGGGCCUGCGCCCGGGCCCGGAGACGGGCGGGUGCGGAGCGAGCCGAGUCUUCUUUCCGCGCCGCCUCCCUAACGCGCCGUCCUUAAUAAUACACCACCAGUGCCUACCAGUUACGAGCUGCAUGGUCUGCACAUGCAUGCUUAAUCAUUAAAGCUCCCAACAACCCUGUAAGGCUCCACACUGGGUGUGGAGCCCAACGUGGGGCUCGAACUCACCACCCUGAGAUCAAGACCUGAGCUGAGAUCAAGAGUCGGAUGCUUAACCAACUGAACCACCCAGGCGCCCCAGUUAACAAUAAUAUGUUGAUGCUUUUUUAGUGUUUCCAUAUUUUAGGAUAUUGUGAUUACUAAAUAACACAGAGGAGCAAAUGAAAAUUGUAAAGUUCUAAAACACAGUAAAUCCCUCUUUGAGAAUCUUGAAAUUUCUUGCUACCUAUUCUCCUUUUUUGAGGAGGAUGAGGACUACUACUACCAAUGACUUUUUCUGAAAAUCUUUUGUUCAAAACAGGUAAAUUUUCGAUCAAAACAUACCUGAGUGGCAUAGUCAGGGUGGAUUGGAAUGGACCCUUAACUAGUCUAUUACUAUAAUAAUUUAUAAUGAGACUGAGCAAAGCUUUUUCAUUCACUUCUACUCCUCCCCAAAACAUACAUAGUAAAUAUACAUAAGAGAAUAUAGAAAAAUAAGCAUUUUUAUGCUGAUGUUAUAAUUUUAUUAUCAAUUAGGAGAGAUCCUAAACAUAGUUGGCCCUAUCAUCAUCACUUGACAAAAGAAAGCUUAAGAUCAACUUUUAAACUUCAAAUCAUCUUCCAAUUUUUAACUGACUCAUAACAAGUAGCCAUGUGGCUUGCCAACGUAAUUAGUUUACAUAGAAGUUCAUUUUAUAGCUAGUUAAUUGGGCAGAGCUACUAAAAAGUUAGUGUUUUAAGUUAAUAUUCUUGCCUUACUUAUUGUGAGGUAUUUUUUUAUGGCCAAAGUGGGCAUUUGGAUUUAAAUGUGUCCCUGUUAUUUCCACCACAUUCUGUAGAAUAGAACUUUGGAAACUUAGGGGAUCAUUUGUUUAUCUGGGAGAUAGAACUAUCUUCUAAGGUAUAUUUGAGCCUACCUGUGGGUUAUACCUUUGCUCAUUGCUAAGGAGAAAGAAAAAGAAAAAGCAUGGCAUUCUUUCUUAGGUCCCUGAACUUUCUUAGGAGGUUGUUAUCAACUCAGAAACUUAAAUGCCUAUUAAAGCAUUUUGACUAUUUACUUAGCAACCUAGCCUAUCCAUAAUCUAGUGGUUGGCCUGAAGGAUAUGUUUUCAUUUCUCUAAAUCUAACUACUCACGAGGAUAUGUAUUAGAAUCACCUGGACAAGAAUUAGAGUCUUUUUUUUUUUUUUUAAGGUAAUCUAUGUGCCCAACAUAGGGCUUAAACUCAUGACCCAAGAUCAAGAGUCCCCUACUGUACUGACUAAGCCGGCCAGGUGCCCCAAGAUUUAAGAGUCUUUUGUUCUCCUAUGGAGAACAUGAUUUAUUAGUUCUAAGGGAGGGAGAUGUAUAAUUUCAGAGGAGUUCCCAGUGAUUGUGAUGAGCAUCUCUUAUUAAAGAUUACUAUCAUGCAUAAGAAUUAUCUAAAAUGCUUAUGUAGAAUACAGAUUCUGAGCCCCUACUGUAGAACUAGGGAAUCAGAAUCUCUGGAAGUGGGGACCAUGAAUCUGCAUUUUAGCAAAAGAUUUUACUGAUUCCUCCAUUUGCUAAACCAGGAACCAUUACCUUCUAAUUCCUGUCCUCAGAUUAAAACAAAUCUUAAUCUUGGGAACAUUGCUUAUUUUCAUUCCAUAGUUUCGGCUUUUUCUUGGACUGCUUUUACUGAGGGGUAGUUAUAUGAAAAAGCAUCAUGAAAUUCCUAUUGUAACUAAGGGUGUCCUUCUAUGAGAGACAGUUUUCUGAAGUUUCAGUGACAAGAAUAGUUGCGUUUCUCCUGAGCAAUUUGUUUUGCUUUUCUGUAUAGACAGUAUGACUCAGAGACUGGUAGUGUGUUACACUCUAGCAGCAGGGAAGAUCUGAGCCAAAUUUGUAUCCUACUUCUGUUUCAAAGGUGACUUAAUCAGACUCAUUCGAAAUUCUCUACUUAGGUUGGAGUGAAAGCCACUCAAGGAUCACAUAGUUUUACAGACCUGUUUAAUCCUUAACUAUCAAAAAGAACUAGCCACUAUGUCAAAAUGUGUCCUUCCUUAUUUAUUGAAUUACUCCGUUCUCUAUUCACUUGUUCAUAACUGUCUGUGUGCGUACAUCCCUGGCAGAGAAUGAUGGAAGGAGGGGGUGGUAGUGAGAUUCCCUUUUAGGGGAUACAAAAUGUACCAGAUUUGUUUGGAACAUACAUCACUGAAAGCAAAUUAAGCCCUAACUGCAGUUCACCGGUAAAGGAUUUACAGCUAUUUACAACUUGCAUAAGUCCAAAUCUCCCAUAUGUAGCUUACUGGUAAGUCAUUUAUUCCAGGACAUUAGCUGUGAGUUUGAUAGCUUUAAGUUGGACUGUCAUACUAUCAUGGUUUACUCUGAACUGACAUGUUACAGGAUAUUUCUUGACAUAUACAAAUGACAGGAUGGCGUGUGAUGUGGCUUUGUUUUAAUUCGGUUAGCCACUGAUUUUUAAUGUGUGGGUUAUAUUUUACUCCCAAAGCAAAAUUCUGCAGCAUCUCUGGAAUACUACCUGAGAAUUUUGGGGUACCAUGUCGAAGAAACGCAAAUGGGAUGAUGACUAUGUUCGUUACUGGUUCACCUGUACAACAGAGGUUGAUGGAACUCAGCGCCCACAGUGCGUUUUGUGUAACUCAGUAUUUUCAAAUGCUGACCUCAGACCAUCAAAAUUGUCUGAUCAUUUUAACAGACAGCAUGGUGGUAUAGGUGGGCAUGAUCUCAAUAGCCUGAAGCAUAUGCCAACACCAUCUGAUCAGAGUGAAACCUUGAAAGCACUUGGAGUUGCAUCUCACGAGGAUGCCUUAUUACAAGCAUCGUAUCAGUUUGCGUAUUUAUGUGCCAAGGAGAAGAAUCCUCAUACAAUAGCUGAAAAAUUAGUGAAACCUUGUGCAUUGGAAAUAGCACAGAUAGUUUUGGGACCAGAUGCACAAAAGAAGCUUCAGCAGGUACCCUUAUCAGAUGAUGUGAUCCAUUCUAGAAUUGAUGAAAUGAGCCAGGAUAUCUUACAGCAAGUUCUAGAAGAUAUUAAAGCCAGUCCUCUUAAAGUGGGUGUUCAACUUGCUGAGACAAUGGACAUGGGUGACUGCAGUCAGCUAAUGGCAUUUGUACGAUACAUAAAAGAAAGAGAGAUCGUAGAAGAAUUUCUGUUCUGUGAACCAUUGCAGUUAACAAUGAAAGGAAAAGAUGUGUUCAGUCUCUUCAGAGACUUCUUUUUGAAGCAUAAGAUAGCACUUGAUGUAUGUGGCUCUGUUUGUACUGACGGUGCUUCUUCUAUGCUAGGAGAAAAUUCAGAAUUUGUUGCCUGUGUCAAAAAAGAGGCACCUCAUAUCGUGAUCACACAUUGUUUGUUGAAUCCUCAUGAACUUGUGACAAAGACUUUGCCUACAAAACUGAGAGAUGCUCUGUUUACCGUGGUGAGAGUAAUAAAUUUUAUCAAAGGACGAGCUCCAAAUCAUCGCCUCUUCCAGGCUUUUUUUGAAGAAAUUGGAAUCGAGUAUAGUGUCCUCCUUUUCCAUACUGAAAUGAGGUGGCUUUCCCGAGGUCAAAUACUUACCCAUAUUUUUGAAAUGUAUGAAGAAAUAAAUCAGUUUCUUCACCACCAAAGCAGUAAUUUAGUUGAUGGCUUUGAAAAUAAAGAGUUUAAAGUUCACUUAGCAUACCUUGCAGAUUUAUUCAAACACCUGAAUGAGCUUAGUGCAUCAAUGCAAAGGACUGGGAUGAAUACGGUAUCAGCUAGAGAAAAGUUAUCAGCUUUUGUUAGGAAGUUUCCAUUCUGGCUAAAGCGAAUUGAGAAAAGAAAUUUUACCAACUUUCCUUUUCUUGAAGAAAUCAUUAUUUCAGAUAAUGAAGCAGCAAGCAUUGCGGCUGAAAUAACACUGCAUCUGCAACAGCUGAGCAACUUCUUUCAUGGAUAUUUUUCUAUUGGAGAUCUUACUGAGGCAAGUAAAUGGAUACUGGAUCCGUUUCUUUUUAAUCUGGACUUUGUCGAUGAUGGUUAUUUGAUGAAAACUGAUCUGGCUGAAUUACGAGCUAGUGGCCAAAUUCUAAUGGAAUUUGAGACAAUGAAGCUUGAGGAUUUCUGGUGUGCUCAGUUCACAGUGUUCCCAAGCCUGGCAAAGACAGCUCUAGAAAUCCUUAUACCAUUUGCAACCACGUACCUUUGUGAGUUGGGAUUUUCAUCACUUUUACAUUUUAAAACAAAGUCCAGAAGCUGCUUUAAUAUGAGUGAUGACAUCCGUGUGGCUAUUUCAAAAAAAGUUCCUCGUUUCUCAGACAUCAUUGAACAGAAGCUACAGCUACAGCAGAAGUCACUGUGAGCUGAUAAAUUUUUAAUGUAUAAUUUUAAAUAUAUUCUUAAUUUCAUUGUUAAAACUAAGCUAUAAUUCUGUCUUUUUAUAUUUAUGGUAUAUCAAAUCCCAUGAAAAAAGUUUAGCAUGUUUAAUUUUUAAUUUUCAUCUGAGUCAUGUAAUAUAUACUUUUAAAUAUAUUCUUUGGAGUUAAGUCUUCCAAUGUCCAUUCCUCUAGCUCCCAUGCUCUAAAUACCAUGAUAUUAAUAAAUAUCCUAAUAUCC